AUGGAUUUGCUUUCCUUCAAUUCUGCGGCCGUCGAAAGUUUCGACAGCUCUGCGAGCAUCAGCGAGAGUGCGGAAGACGCAGCCGCCGGUGCCCUGCAGCAGCAGCAGCAGCAGCAGCAGCAGCAGCAGCAGCAGCAGGGGCGCAGGCGGUUGCAGCAGCAGCGGCAGCAACAGCAGCCACAGGAGCAGCAGCAGCAAGAUCAUCAACAGCAGCAGCAAAACCACCAGCAGCAGCAAGAGCAGCAGCAGCAAGACCAUCACCAUCCGCAGCAAGACCAGCAGCAGCAGCAGCAGCAGCAGCAAGACCAUCACCAUCCGCAGCACGCCCAUCACCAGCAGCAGCAGCAGCAGCAGCAGCAGCAACAGCAAGCCCAUCACCAUCCGCAGCAAGCCCAUCACCAUCCGCAGCAAGCCCAUCACCACCAUCAGCAGCAGCAGCAGCAGCAGCAGCAACAGCAAGCCCAUCACCAUCCGCAGCAAGCCCAUCACCACCAUCAGCACCACCAUCAGCAGCAGCAGCAGCAGCAGCAGCAGCAGCAGCAGCAGCAGCAGCAGCAGCAGCAGCAGCAGCGCACGUGGCUCCUAGGGGGGCCCCCAGAAGCCCCCGCGGCCCCCCCGAGAAGAAAAGGAGGAGCCGUAGCUGCCCCCGCGCCCGCCCCGGUAGCCCUCGCCGCGCUGCAGCAGCAGCAGCAGCAGCAGCAGCAGCAGCAGCAGCAGCAGCAGGGGCACAGGCUCGCGUGGGCGCCGCGGGGGAGGCGGGGAGCGCCUGUGCUGCAGCAGCAGCGGCAGCCGCAGGCGCUUCAGAAAGCCAAGCCGCAGCAGCUGCAGCAGCUGCAGCGAACACAGCAGCAGCAGCAGCGCCAGCAGCAACAGACGCAGCAGCAGCAGCAGCGCCAGCAGCAACAGACGCAGCAGCAGCAGCAGCAGCAGCAGCAAGCCUGA